CCGAAGGCGAAGAAGAAAGAGAAAACCAAAAAGCGACCAACUUUAGAAAACCUAAUGGGUCACAAUCGCAAGGGUGCUGCGAAGGAUAAGAAUCCGAAGGGGGAGGAAUCUGAGAAGCGAGGAACGGUAGAAAAACUAGUGGAUCUGCGCCACGGUGCGGCGGCGGCGAAGGAUAAGAAUCUGAAUGCGAAGAAGAAAACUAAAAAGCCAGGAACUUCAGAAAACCUAGUGAAGGAUAAGAUUCUGAAGGCGGAGGAAACUGAAAAGCCGAGAGUCUCUUUGGCCGAAGCUGCGGCAAAGAUGGAUCCUUCAGAUCUUGCGGAUCACCUCGACGGUAUGAAAUUGCCGGACCUGGAUGUAAUGAGAUUUUACUAUUACUUUCAGAAAGCAUUUGCCCAAGUAUCAUGGAAAUGGGUGAAGAUGUUCAACGAGUCUCCUCUGUCCGCGAUCAUCGAUGUUCCUGUAUCUCAUAUUUCUAAGCCUAUCUACGAAUUAUCAGUAGAUUGGAUCAAGCCACGUGAAGUUAAGUAUAUCUCGGAAAUCAUAUUGUGGAUUUGUGAUCGUAUUCUGUACAAUUUGGUGGAUAAAGGUGGUGACAAUGCUCCAGCUUCUGUUUGGCCCAAAUCUCAGGCAGCGCAUUUUGUUGUACUGGCUAUGGUAUUGCGUGCUAGACCUGAUUCUUUGAUUGAGGUUUUGCCCUCACUGAGGGAUAAACACACGUACCAAGGACCCGACAAGCUUCCCCUUAUAGUUUGGAUGAUGGCUCAGGCCUCCCAAGGUGAUCUAUCUGCUGGCUUGUAUUCAUGGAUGUGUAACUUGCUACCGCUAGUCAGUAAUAACAAGUGCUGCUGCCCUCAGUCACUGGAUCUCAUUCUUCAAUUCGCUGAGUACAUGUUGUCUCGUCCAGAGGCUAUCACUGUGCUUGUAAACAACGGAGGUGGUGUUAUGGAAGGACAGCGUCUGGUUCCACUUCCUUCACUUGACAUCUUGCUGCGCCUCACAUUCCCUGCUCCAUCUGCAAGAGUUGAGACUACAAAGAGGUUUGAGGCAAUUUAUCCCUCUUUGAAGGAAGUGGCUCUUUCUCCAGAGAGGGCAGGAGGUGAAAAAUUUGCCUUGCGUAAUUUAUUCACGUUUGCCUUGACCUUAACUGGAGAAAAAGGGAAUCCUUCUGUUUUAACCAAGGAAGCUACAUCAAUCGCUAUCAGAUCUCUGACCGAAAACAUCGUCUGCUUUGACCACUGGGACAAACUUUAUGUGGAUAAUCCAGUCGCAAGUGUUGCCCUUCUCAAGAAGCUUGUAGACGACAAUCAGUUCCUCAGGCUAUCAACAUCACCAAUUGAUGAUACUCUCAGGGUCAAUCAAAUUAUGGAGAGCUUCAGGCGUAAGAACAAAAGAGCCAUCGCUGAAGGAGGAGCCAAUUGUUUUCUUUACAAAGAAGCUGACAAGUACUGCACACGGGUCUCUUGGAGACUCUUUGGGAGACUCCCGGAUGUUCCUUUAUCUCAUAUUUCUAAGCCUAUCUACGAAUUAUCAGUCGAUUGGAUCAAACCACGUCAAGUUGAGUAUAUCUCGGAAAUCGUAUUGUGGAUUUGUGAUCGUAUUCUGCACAAUUUGGUGAAUAAAGGUGGUGACAAUGCUCCAGCACCUGUUUGGCCCAAAUCUCAGGCGGCGCAUUUUGUUGUAUUGGCUAUGGUAUUGCGUUCUAGACCUGAUUCUUUGAUUGAGGUUUUGCCCUCACUGAGGGAUAAACACACGUACCAAGGACCCGAUAAGCUUCCCCUUAUAGUUUGGAUGAUGGCUCAGUUGAUUGAGGAGAUUCUGUAGCGCCCUAGGGCUCGGACCAUACUUGUAGAUGGAGCUCUUAGGGAUGGAGAGCCGCUGUUUCCACUUCCUUCAUUUGAGAUCUUGGUGCGUCUCACCUUCCGUGCUCCAUCCGCAAGAGUAAAGUCUACAGAGAGGGUUGAGGCAAUAUAUCUGAUGUAGCGCCAAAUGUGAUCUCCGUCGAUCACAACGGUACAGAGAGGGUUGUCCUCAUGGGACUUUCCUUUUCUUCUUUGAAUUAAGUUAUUUCCUUUUAUUUGUCUGUUUUCACUUAGGAAUAGGAAAUCACGUAAUCCCUUUAGGAUCGUGAAGUUUUUGUUCUUAUAUAAGCUGAGGCUAAUGCCCUCUUGUAAAGCACGCUUUGAUUGAAUAAGACAUUCUUGCCUCACAACUACGAACGCACUAUGUACACAAGAUGACAAGGAUCCAUCUUUGCCGCUG